GUGGGAGAAGCGGUAUAAUAAUGAUAUAAAAACGUGGCAUUAGACAGUCACUCAGAGACACCUGGAAAAAUGAAACUGUUUUUACUCUUCCUUUCAGUCCCGUUUCUGGAGGCGGCACAGUUGUGUCAGCCAGAUGGCAGCGGCGUCAGACGCUUCAACGGGAGACCGUGCGCCAGCACCACGCGCUAUGUUGACGGCCACAAAGGUGCCUGUGGCUGUGGAACUGGUUCAGACACACCCUUUGACUGGAAUCUUCGGAGUUACGUGACAGCCCCGUCCGAAAGAUACUUUGAUGACGGCGGCAGCAGUUUGUGGUGUGGGAGGAAGUGCGGAAGAUGUGUCCGACUGACCCCGACAGGUGGUUUUGUGCCCGGUGAGGGCAACGCCCCGUCAAACCACAACCCUGUCACGUUCAUGGUGACCAACGUCUGCCCUAUUAACGGCAACCAGGAGUGGUGUGGUAUUAAUGGAAAACCAGGAACAAACCAAGUGAACAGUCAUGGCUAUGAGGUCCAUUUCGACCUGCAGAACCAGUAUGGGCAAGUCGCCGCCAUUGGCUGGGACAAUCCGGAAGUGACGUGGGAAGAGGUGUCGUGUCCUGGCGAUCUGCAGUCAAACUGGCAGCAGUGCGAGUGUAGUCAUGGUUCUGGUUGAAAAUGAAUUGUAUAAGGUCGUAUAACCAUUGCAGAUAUUAAUUUCUAACGCUUCACUCUGUGUGAAAUUCAAAAAUUUCAAAUAAAACGGAAACUUUAGAAUAAUUUAAAAAAAAGUUUGCAUACAUGAAUUAAAAGAAUGUGAACGUGA